UCAAAAAGAGUCGCAGCAGCUGAGAGAUUGAUUAGAGCUCUUCGCGAGCUACAUUUAUACAUUUAUUUUACCGUUCUAUGUCAAUAACGUCGUUUUCGUGCAGACAUCGUAAGUGACGUCGUUUUAAUUUAUCCAAGUCAUCAUCAACGCGCUCGAUACAAUCCACGCGAUAAUAUAUUAAAGUGGCUUUGAACGAGUAUUUCUUUCAAAAACAGAACUUGUAUUAAAUUCACGAAUUUGUAACAUCUUGCUCUUAAGCAGACAUGUCGCCUGUGGAAGUAUGGGCUGGCCCUUGGAAGCCCCACAGGCCAAGGGGCCCCAUCGCUGCAAUGUAUAACAGUCCAGGGCCAACAUAUGCUCUGCCAGGGGCAACUGGGAUGAACAAUCACGACCCGCGGAUGCAGAAAGGCCCAGCGUUUAGCUUCGGCACACGUCACCGUAACUCACAGGCCAACUCGUCCCCCGGUCCUGGAUACCUCGUUCCCUCCAACAUCACCAGGGUGGGUCGGGAUGGGACCCCUGCGUUCUCCGUCUACGGCCGACCAAAAGACAUUCGGCCGUUUAAAACCCCAGGCCCAGGCAGUUACUCUCCAGAAAACGCGACAAAAACCACCUUUUACUCUGCCCCUGCGUUCUCUCUGUCUGCGAGGACUAAAUUGUUCCGUAACGAUCAAACACCAGGUCCAGCGGCAUACAUGCUUCCCCCGGUGUUAGGGUCGGGAGUUGUGAAUAAAGCAUCUGCCCCAAACGUCUUCUUCGGCGGUCGUAGUGCAAUCGGCAGCUUCCACGAAGAUCUACGAAAGACUCCAGGCCCAGGGACCUAUCAAGUGGUGGAUUCUGGAGUGUACAAGAACAAGGCCCCUGAGUACAGCAUGACCGGACGCAACUUCUCACCUGGAGACACUACAAAGAAACCAGGACCUGGAGCCCACCAUCCAGAGAGGGUUACUUUCACAGGAACCAAAGCUCCCAGCUUUUCCUUUGGAAUUCGCCAUUCUGAGUACACCGCUCCUUUAAUUGUGGAUGGGGCUGAUUAAACAGGUCAAUUCUGUUAAACAAGCUAGUCUGUCGUAUCAGGUCUUAAUAUGGCCAAAAUAUACAACUUGAAAUAAUGGUGUUUCAGUGAAAAAGGGUCCCGGAUGCAAUAAUUGUGCUGUUGCCACAAUAUAAGAAAAAGGUCCAAAACCAAGUCUACCUACUACCACUUUACCACAUCACAGACUAAAUCUAUUAGUGCUGGGUCUGAUUCAUCCUUGUUAAAUCCGAGUCAAGUCCAAAUGCUUAGAUGUUUGAGUUGGUGCUUGUUUAUAAUUGCAGUCUGAGUCCAAAUUCCCCAUCUCUACAUGCAGAGGUUGUUUCACAAUAUCAAAUCAAUAAAAAC